UGAACCAUCAACAAUACAUACAGUUUCUUCACGAUCGAAGACCUGUUUGGACGGUUUCGCGAAUUGGAAACUCCCUUUCCGAGGUGGCGAGGAACGGAUUGAGGAAUCUAUCUUUAAUUUACCUAUCAUCUUUUUUGCCCUCGUUAUAAAUAAAGUCCCCAAUCCUUGGUUAGACUUUUUUUUCUGUUGUUUUUUCGUCGUCUCAACGGCAGUUUCGCCUUCGAAGUGAAUUUUUAGUUGGUCGUUAUAUUCCUCGUGCGCGCCGCGGUCUUCACGACGGAUUUCGAAUAUCAAAAGUGUGAUAUAUAAGAAAAAUAAAAGGCUACACGGUGAAUCGCGAGUUUUGUCUCCCGAAAUUCUAAAUUUGGCCCAGUAUUAUAUAAAAUUUCGAGCACGGCCAAGUGUAGGAUCGUCCGCCGUCGAGGUGACACGGGUCUUUUCUAAGCAAUUCCAAGUGCGCGCGCGAGUGUGACCUCCGCAACUGAGUCGUCCAGGGCAGGUCAGCAACGGAACCGUGAAAGUGUGUCGUCUGGAGCGGCCCAAAGAUGUCCAAGCCAAAGUCCCCGACCAAUCAGUACCAGCAGGAGGAGGAUGCGUUCUUCGUGCGCAGAAAACCCGACCCGAUCCCAUUCACCAAGUUCCUGUACAACUCCACCGAAGGAACCGUCCUUGGCCGCAAUGCAACGUCAUGGGCUAAAAUCGGCACCUUCUACAUGAUCUUCUACUGCGUGCUGGCAGCCCUGGUCGCCGUCUGCAUGUGGGUGUUCUUCCAAACGCUGGACCCCAGGACCCCCAAGUGGCAGCUGGAUCAGUCACUCAUCGGCACCAAUCCAGGCUUAGGAUUCCGUCCACUUCCAUCGGAGGAUAACGUCGAAAGUACCCUGAUCUGGUACAAGGGCACCGAGGAGAAGAACUACAAGCAGUGGACCGAUGCACUGGACAAAUUCUUAGAAGAUUACAGGACACCCGGACAGAUCUCGGGCCGUGGCCAGAACAUCUACAACUGUGAUUACACCCAGCAGCCCCCGCCGCGCACCGUAUGCGACGUCGACAUCAAGCAGUACGGCCCGUGCACGCUGGAGAACAAGUACAACUACCACAAGAGCGCCCCCUGCAUAUUCCUGAAGCUCAACAAGAUCUACGGAUGGAUCCCGGAGUUCUUCAACGAAUCGACCCAACUGCCCGGCAACAUGCCCGCCGAACUCAAGGACUACAUCAAGACUGUCGAGGAGAAGGAAAAGCACACCAUGAACACCGUGUGGGUGUCGUGCGAGGGCGAGAACUCCGCCGAUAUCGAGAACGUUGGCGCGAUCAAGUACUACCCGCGACGUGGCUUCCCCGGAUACUACUACCCGUACGAGAACUCCGAGGGCUACCUGAGCCCGCUCGUGGCGGUGCACUUCGAGCGACCAGUCCGUGGCAUCAUCAUCAACAUCGAGUGCAAGGCCUGGGCCCGCAACAUCAGACACACCAACGACAGACACGAACGGCUCGGCUCGGUGCACUUUGAGCUGCUCAUCGACUAAGCCAGCAGCAGCCCUCCCCCCCCCGGCAGCUAAAGUAGCAAUCAGCAGCAGCAGUACAAGCAGCCAUAUUGGCCAUUCACAGUGCCACCACCGCCGCCGUCACCACCAACAAAACAACCAAUUUUUACAGGUUUUAUUAGAGUGUCCAGAUGAUCUUAACAUCAGAAGAGCCAUUAGAGAACACCACUUUUUAAAAAGUCCUAUUUAAAAUUUACCAAAUUUUCCGCCCCCUUCUCGUAAAGUUAUGAAAUUUUUACAAUCUUUAUACAAUUCGUGUUACUCUCUGUCUAGCUAGAACAAGAAUGUGUCCUAAUUCUUUAAUCCGGAAUUUCGAUUAAGCCAUGGGAACAAGAAACACACAAUUAGGCGAUCUCACGAUCUUCUUAAAGAGCAUACAAAAUUAUGUGAAAACAAGCUAAAAGACGUUAGAAGAAAGAAGAAGAUGAAAACAACACUGUGUGGUACUGGAAGUAAGAUUUUGUUUUGUUGUGCUUGUAUUUUAUAAUUGUACAUAAUAAACGAAGGUCCAGCAAACGGUCGCGAGCGAAACCGGCUCCUAAUUAUUGGUUUUUGAAAAACAUUUGAAGAGUCCAAAUCAGACCAAGAAACGAGUAAAUUUGCGUGCCAACACUAAAUGUCUACGUGUGUCUUCGAUUUUUGUACAACUGCCAACUGAACGGGUGCACUCUCCGCUAUAAAUAAUUUCACGGCCACAAGACAACCGAAAACUACACAAAAUUGCCAUCCAAGUAAAGAGCAGAAAACCGUUCAUUCUGCGAAUACAUCAUAUCGUGUGAAUAGCACCAGGUUGAAAGAAGAAAAAACUAUAUUUUUGAACCAGAAUAAGUAGUUUACAGAACCUCGUUGCUGUUCAACGAGGACCAUGUCACAGGAAAAAUGUACCCACCCAAAACAAGCAAUUCAAUCACCAUAGAAUCAAACGUAAUAGUUACGCUAGAUAGUCUAAUUUAAACCAGAAAGUUAUAAUAGAAAGAGAAAGUAUUAUGCACCAGGGCAAUAUAUUCAGUAUGAUCGACCAAUUCAAACAACAAAACAACAGUGCCAAUAAAGUUCGUAUUAAAUUUAAAAUCCCCCUACCAACCAACAUUUUUUAUGGCACCAGGCCACCGAGCAUCGUGAGCCAAGACAACAACCACCAUCGCGUUAGUCCGACGCGCGCUUUGUAAGACGUUACGAGCGUACCAUAAAGAUUUUAUACCUAGCCGCAAACGUGAGCAAAGCUUUCUGCAUUUUUUUCACACAAACCAUCUAGAUGUUGUUGCGUGUCGUCGUUCCAAGUUUCCAACUCCUACAUCGUGCGAGUUUUUUUUUAUUAAUUAUUAAUUUGUUCUAAACAAAACAAAAAGAAAUCAAGCAAAAAAAGAUUCAUUGCGUCCCUGGAAUUCAAAUUCCACAUUUUAAGUAAUUUAAAACAAAAUACAAUCUGAAUGUUUCAUCAACAACAACAAAAAAAAAACAGAUUCCGUUGAAAGUGUAAACUUCUCGUGUUUCGUGAAGGCAAAACGACAGAUCAGUCGAACAAAACAGUCAUGCAUCCCCUAACAUCCAUCCCCUGAGGAGCGCGAUGAGCCGUUUUUGUGAGUGAAAGUUAUAGAGAUAAAUAAAGAUAGAAACAACCG